AAGUCACCGUAUCGGCGCAGAGCCUAAGCCUCCAGCUCGCCAGCGUUCAUGAGCGCUGGCCACGAUUGUGCACAAGGCUGAUCUGAAGGUGUCGUAGCCUCACAGAGGUGAAGUUGACGCUUCGGUAACCGUCAGGUUUUUUGUUUGACGAGCAGUCGGACAGCUGGAUCCACAAGGGUGCAGGACGUUGAUCCACCACUUGGCAAUACUGAGACGACAUCAGCAGCAGAGCCUCGCCUCCAGCUCCUGAAGAUGGUUCACAUAUACAUGACUUAGUAUGCAAGAAGGAAACACAAACCCAGGAAUUCCAGGGCAUUCACCUGGCACACAGCAGUGGGAACGGCAUCAGAGCGACGCCCAAGGCCACAUGGGAGACCAGGAAUUCUCUCCAGACCUGUCGGCGUUCCUAAGCCAAGACGAGCUCAACAAGAGCGUUGACCUCGCCCGGGAGGCCAUCGGUUGCCCCUCAGCCGGAGAUGGGCUCAGCUCCACGAGCAGACCAAAUGCAGCGUGCCAGGCCAUGCUGGGUCCCAGAGAAUCUUCGCAAAGACAGGACCUCCAAAACAUGGAUAGGGUCCUCCAACAGAAUCAAGCCCAAGCACCCGAGAGAACACUCAACAGCUGCCAGCCUGCGCAGAGCGACGACGAGUCCCCCAACCGUGCUCAGCAGAAUCAAAGCGGCUCAAUAGACACCAGUUGCAGUGCGUAUCGGCCGUCGGCCAUUCGUGGCGGUGAAGUUGCCGGUUUCGGCCAGCAGAAGCAGGGCGUGGGGAAACCCGUGGGCAGCGAGACGGACUCGAAGCACAACGCGGCGGCGCUGAUCGAAGAACUCUCAUCCCUCUUCAAGUCAGGCCCGCCGCGGAGAGGCGGGCGAAACCGGGGGAGGCGUGCGGGCCGCGGGGGCCACGUCUCGACGGAGGACAUCUGCCAGGUGAUGGAUUGUCCCAAGCAGGGGCCCACGGCUCCUGCGCCCGUCGAGAGGAUCCGCGUGCAGUCCAAGGAGCAGCUGUUUCAAAUGCGGCAACAGCAGCAGCAGCAACAGCAGGCCCUGCAGCAGCAGCAGCAAGAGGUGUUGCCACAGCAGCAGGAGGACCAGAACUCAUUGUGUGACUACAUCCAGCAGCAGCAGCAGCAACAGCAGCAACAGCAGCAGGAUGUCCGCAAGCCAACCGAGCUCACCACCUGUCAAGAAGAUUUAGACGCGGAGCAAGAUUCAAACCACAACGACCACCACCACCACCAUCACCACCACCACCAACAACAUCAAGAGGCGAGUGCUCAGCGCGAGUUUCCCAACCAGCAGCAGCUGGAGAACAGCGUCGAGGUAGCAGCAGCAGCAGCGGCAGCAGCAUCAGCGCAGCAGCAGCAGCAGCGAGCGGCACCGCCGGCGCAGGCGGUCGAGACGAGGUCCGUGGACCCCGCGACGUCGCUGCUCGCGAGGGAGCCGCCGCGUUUCACCACCAAGCUGAAGAGCCGCGAGGUGCCCGAGGGCAGCCGAGUGCAGCUCGAUUGCCGGCUCAGCGGCGCGCCGGCGCCGUCCGUCAGGUGGUUUUGUGAGGGGAAGGAGUUGGAGAAUUCUCCAGACAUCCAGAUCUUGCAGAACGCGGACCUGCAGACACUAAUAAUCAGCGAGGCCUUCCAAGAGGACACGGGGCGCUACACCUGCUUGGCCUCCAACGUGGACGGCACCGACAGCACAUCUGCAGAGAUCUACAUUGAGGGUGCCACAUCCUCAGAUUCAGAAGGGGAGGCAAGUGCAGCUUCCCUGGAAGAUGAUUUGGCUCAAGCUCAGAAAUUGAUGUCGGUGUCCCUGACUAUAGCUGCACCCCCGCAAAACAGUGGCACGGCCCAAGUGGAGAUGCAGGCGCAGCCUCCGUUGGUACAACCCAUUGCUGCUCCGGUGAUCCCACAGAAAGUGGCCAGCCCAAGUUUUGGGUUGCCAGGCUUUGAUGGUCAAUCAGGAGUAAUGGCUGCACCCGUUUUUACGAAGCCGCUGACAGACGCGACGGCGUCCGAGGGCCAGCUGGUGGUGCUGGAGUGUCGCGUCAAGGGCUCGCCAGCACCCAAGAUCACGUGGUACCGAGAGGACACUGCUGUGGACGAUUCUCCCGACUUUCGUCUUCUGCAGAAAAAGCCUCGUUCUGUAGCUGAACCUGAGGAGAUCUGCACCCUCAUCAUAUCCGAGGCUUUCCCUGAGGACUCUGGGACGUUCACGUGCAUGGCGAGCAGCAAACUGGGCACGGUGUCCUGCAGCGCCCAGCUCAUUGUCCACGGUGCAACGGACGGAUACAUGAGUAGCAACACCUGUGGGCCAAGUCUGGUUGUUGAAUCCACACACCUGUCCACGUCAGAGUCCAUGUACAUGGACACGCUCCCCCCUCCCAUCUUGGAUUCCUUCAUAUCUGACAUCUCAGCAGAUAAACCGAACAGCACUGUUCAGCUGCCCGCUGCUACUGAAAGCCUCUUCGCCAAUGGCAGAAUGCCCGAUUUCAUCGUUCCGGGGAAAAAAUCUGUCCGAGCCGCAGCCGCCACCUCUUCCUUCGCCUCUUCUGCCGAGGCCGCCCUUGCCGAGCUGAGGAAGAGCAUCGAUGAUGUCGUCUCGCCGCCACCAUCAAUGACAAUGUCAGUGCCGAUGCCGGCGGCGGCGGCGGCGGCGGCGGCAGCACCAGCGGGAGAUGCAGUUGGUCCGGAGGGCAAGACGAACGCCAAGGCAGGUUUGCGGGUGCACUUCAGACUGCCCGGUGAGGCCCCGCCGGAGGGCUUUGGUGGGGAGCUACCGCGGCCCGGCCAAGGGCUGCCCUCGCCUGUCAAGGAGCCGCCCCCGUUGCCCGCCAAACCCAAACUUGAUCCUCUGCAGCUCCAGCAGCUGCACAAUCAGGUACUGUUGGAGCAACAGGAAGCUUUCCUCCUCUCGCACCAUCAACAGAUGCCAUUUCCACCUCCACCGGCAGCUUUCCUGCAGUCCCCGACUACGCCGAGCCAACCUCCUGUAGCAGAGACAGCGGUGCCACCGCCGCCGCCGCCACCACCGCCGCCACCAGCCCCACCAGCGCCACCGGCGACCACGACGGCAAGCAUGAGCCUCGCCAACUCGGCGGCACUGCCGCUCAACCAGCAGCCCAGCCGUGCUUCGGUGGGCCAGCAGUCCUUCAGUUACGCCAGGCCCAAGCAGUUUAUCGCUGCCCAGAAUUUGACCAGCACCAUCAUAUCCGCGGGGUCUCCUUCUUCAUCUCCUGUCCCGACCAGCCUGGGCCUUUCCCUCCCAGCUCCACCGCCGCCGCAAACCGCUCCGCCGGCAAACAACACUUACCGGAUGGCUUCCCCGACAUUGUCGUCACCGACAUUCCUGAACAACAGCAACGCGAAAACCGCAGCGGCCUACUCCCCUCCCAUAGCCAUGUCGCCGCCGCCCCAGUUCUCGGCAGCCAGCCCCACACCGCCCGCCACCUACCCGGGCUCCCCACACGCCCAGCCGGGACACACCUGGUCCUCCCUGCCGCAGUCUCCGCAGUCGCCUCCCACCGUCAGCCCGCCGGCCUCUUUCGUGCAGUCCCCGGCCGCCUUCCUGAGCGCACUGCUGCCGUCCCUGCCCUCCCUGCCACCGACCAACGCCAUGGGCCUGCCGAGGGCGGCCCCAUCCACGCAGAUGCAGGGCUCGCUCAAGAGGCAGAGCAGGGGCCCGCGCUCCGUCAGCGAAGAUGACAUCCGCGACACGAAGGAUGCCCUCAUCCAGGACCUGGAGAAGAAGCUGCGGUUCAAGGAGGACAUAUUGCACAAUGGGCAGUCGAGGCUGACGUAUGAGGAAAAGAUGGCUCGCAGGCUUCUUGGACCAAACAGCACCGCUGUUGUUUUUCAAGCCGACGAGCCCGAAGAGCAUGAUGCCGAGGCGCAGGACUUUAAGUCUGUGAUACAGGCAGCCCGGGAGUCUCUUGGUAAACAACAGGAGUACAAAGUCUCGAGCUUUGAGCAAAGGUUGAUGAGCGAGAUCGAGUUCCGCCUGGAGCGGACUCCGGUGGAGGAAUCCGAUGACGAGGUCGAGCACGAUGACAUCCCCACGGGAAGGUGCAUUGCUCCGAUCUUCGAGCGCAAACUCAAGCACUUCAAGACCUUCGAGGGAAGCCCCAUCACGUUCUCCUGCAAGGUCUCCGGCACCCCGACGCCAAAGAUAUACUGGUUCAAGGAUGGGAAUCAGAUCUCCAAGAAAUCCGAACGCUUCCAAAUGCAGCGAGACUCUGAGGGAAACUGCUCCCUGCACAUCCCUCUCACAACCAUGGAUGACGACGGCAACUACACCGUCAUGGCUGGAAAUCCACAGGGUCGCAUCAGCUGCUCAGGACGGUUGAUGGUGCAAAACGUCAACCAGCGAGGCCGCGUGGCACGGAGUCAGUCAGGGCAGCCUGCGGCUAGAAGCAGGCCACGCUCUCAGUCGCGGGAGAGCCGGGACGACAGUGAUAUGGUCCAGGAGAAGAACUUCCGCCCACACUUCUUGCAGGCUCCUGGAGACACCAUGGCACAUGAGGGCAAGCUUUGUCGUCUCGACUGUAAGGUGAGUGGUCUGCCAACCCCAGAGCUGGAAUGGCAGGUGAACGGACGGCCAGUGCGACCCGAUGCCACGCACAAGAUGCUGGUGCGGGAGAACGGAGUUCACUCGCUCGUCAUAGAGCCUCUGACCGUGCAGGACGGAGGCCUCUACACCUGCACGGCUACCAACCGCGCCGGCCAAAACUCCUUCUCCCUCAAUCUCACCAUCGUCGCCAAGCAGCUGACGCGGGCGCCGGUGAUCCUGGAGAAGCUGCAGAACACGGGGGUCGCCGAGGGCCAGCCCGUUCGGCUCGAGUGCCGCGUGCACAGCAUGCCGCCGCCCACCAUCUUCUGGAAGAAGGAGAACGAGACCCUGAUUCCGCACCGCGAAAGAACCAGCAUGCACCAGGAUCCAUCGGGCUACGUGUGCCUGAUAAUCCAGCCGACCAAAAAGGAAGAUGCCGGCUGGUACACGGUCUCGGCGAAGAACAGCGUGGGCAUCUCCUCCUGCACCGCUCGCCUUGACAUUUACGCUGAGUGGCACCACGAGAUCCCAAAGACACGGCGAGUGAGGCCCUCCUCCAGCCGUUAUGCGGCUCUCACUGACCAGGGCCUGGACGUGCGGUCAGCCUUCCUGCCAGACCCCAGCCACGCUGGAGCCCAGGGGAACCUGGUUGAAAGCGACGAGCUGUAAUGGCUCUUGCACCACUGCCAGCAGAUGAGCUCGGUCAGCUCAUCUGCCCAGCGCACACCACUCAACCCGGCUGUUUGUCCGAUCAACCAUCGUGUCCCUUGCCCGUAUGCACAUACAUGCCCUUGUUUGCCCAUAAUAACUCGUUGCUUUUGGGGCCGUGUCAUCGAUCUUAAGGUGAACUCCUCAAAAGGCAUCUGCCACCAAGUUAAUGAACGUUACGAAUGACAAUCGUGGUUGCAAAUACGAAAUUCGGUGUAAGUAAGAUAAUUGCAUCAUUGAUGUUCUAAAAACAACUACGUUGAUAAUUUGCGUGUUUUCAAAUGCAUUAUUACCUUGUAAUAUUUAAUACGAUACAUUAUAGUACAAUAAAUAUUCAACUGUCACCUAAAUAAACAUCUGCAACCUUAUGGCAACCAAAUAAAAUUAACAAUUUAUCAUCUAACUAUUUUAUCAUAAAGCAUCCCAGGUUACUGCUUAAUGUUGGGGAAAUGUGUUAGAAGUGGAAAAUCUUUUUUUAUUUAGAUUUUUCUCCAUUUUGAAUAAAAAAACAAUAGAUGAAAAAUGUCUGUAAUCAUAAAUGCAUUAUCUGUCACUUGCAUUUUCGAUCUGUCUUCAUGCCCACAGAACCUUAACUCACGAAUAUUGAACACAAGGAAAUAAUUUAAACACUGAAACAACUAGAAUAUAAAGCUUAAUUCAACAGUAGUUGCCCCAUUUUUUACAGCUUUUCACAAUUUAAUGCUCGUCAAUUGGACAUUUUAAAAGAAAAUAUGUAAAAAUUAUCAGAUAUAAUACCACAUCCUCUUCAUAAAAUAAUUAUAUGUAUCAAUAAAUGACAAACAGCUGCAGCCUGGAUGGCACAAAUGCCAUUCAUAUUGAGUAAAUUUAUAAUUCACUAAGGGGUAGAGAAUAGAGUAUAUUGUGUAUGGAAGGCAAUGCAUAGUCGGGUAAUGUUAAAUAAGCUAGAUAUUAAAAAGUGUGGGCCAAUUUUUACGUGCGACAAUCAGUAUUAAGAGGACAGGCUUAGAAGUGCCAGCGAUGUUCUAAAUUUAUGUCGCGUGUGCACAAACAGUUUUGUUUUGAGCGAGGAUAAUCCAUUAUUUAAAUUCAUACAUAUUCUGAGUACUUAAUUUGGUGUGUCCGUAGCAAUGAAAAUAUUUUAAAUCGUGGCAAGUAAAGACGUUUAUAAGGCCAUAAAUCAACAUUUUUUUUAAGUCAAAUAUUAGAACGAGGAAUCGGCGUAGAUCACAGCAUACAGCACCUGGCACAGUGGGUUGGCCUUGUCUCUGGACUUCCAGACAAGGGGAUGACUAAGGCCAGAAAAUCAGAGAAAAUAACAGUGAGAUCGACCAGCGUAUACAUGACAAAUUUACGUAGAGGAGUUUGUUUAAAUGGUCACCUUCCAGAAACUGAGAUUGGCUCCUCAAACUGAUACAUUGCAGUGUUUGCACUUAGGUUGUAUUGAGCUCACACUCAUGAUGGUAAGGCUGCUGAUGUACAUGAUGAAAUAGUUUUACUGUUAGCCAGUGUAAAACAAAACAUUAUUACAGACACUGACAGCUACUUUAGGUGUUUUUAUCUAAAUCUAAUUCUAUGCCAUGGCAAACAAAACUACGUUUCUAAAGGUUUGAAGCACCGGUCUUAAUGCAGGUAAAAAUGAACUUGCCAGCUGGUGGUUCGUUCUCAUUUCUGGACACAGCGGUUGUGUCGACUCAUGGGUCAUAUAAACGUACAUUUUAUAACCCUUGAGAAAAAUAAUUGCCAUACUGGUAGACCAUUGUAACUUUAUACACCAAAGUGUGAAUUAUCUCAGGUUUGGGGCUAGUGAUAAAUUGGCUAAAUAAUUUACCAAAUAAUGAAAGCACACGUGUGUAAUGCCAGUGGACAUUCUCAUAUUCAAGUGAAUGUCAUAAAAAUUCAGUAUUUAUCAUGUGCCUGUUAUAAAGCUCCGAAAAUGUUUCAAAUGCUAUGUACAGCAGUAGGAUGUAGAGAACAUUAGGUAAUGCAAUAUUAGAUAAAUUGGUAAUUAAACCUUUUUAACAUCAUUUAAGAUAACUUAUUAAAUUUACAUUAGAAUCAACUUAAUGAAAUAACUCUUUAGCAAAUGUAAAAAUAUAUAAAAAAUAAAAUGUCCAGUUUGUCGGAUUUGCUUUUUACAUUACAUUUAUUAAGAGUCUCUUCAUUGUAAUGUUCACGAAAGCAAUGAUAAAUCACAAAUAUGACAACUCUAAAUUGCAUUGGUUUAAUUUUGCAUUCAUUAUUUUUACCUGUUUUCUUUUGUGCUUCACUCCAAAAAUGAGCUACACACAUCCAAAUUCAUACAUUUGCAGGAAUAUUGCUAUCCUUUACAUGAUUCCCAUACCAUGUCUGAACAAAGCACACACACGCUCACACUGACAUGUACACAUACAUGUACACAUACACACUUGCACGCAUUCAUGUGUUUAUUUGUUUAGACUCGAUACUCUUGUUCUGUGAUGGACCCAACAGCAUGGCUACGCUCCAAUGGUGGGGAAUACCACAUGAGUCAUUGCACAUGUUAUGAAUUGUUCGGUGUCAAUUGUGGCUGACUAAUAGCAGCAAUUGCAUUGUGGCUCUUACACCCAAGUCACUCACUACACAUACAUUCAUAUUGUGAAUUGAUGACGGUACCUAGUGUUGCAAUCUUGCAGUGUGUGUGUCUCAACAUGACAAACCUUUCGAAAGAACGACUUGGCCUUGCUGUUGGAUGAGACAACAGAGAUCAGGUUUCCUGUGGGCAGAGAUUUAGUUAGUAGUUGCAUGUUGUAUCAUAAUGUAAUUAACGUUAUUCAUAUUCACAUACGUAAACACAGACCUGCUACUGACUGGCACUGGCUGUGCUCAUGUUUUGUUGUGUGCAAUCAAGUAUCCUUUCUCCUUCUCGCACCUUCUUUAGAUUUGGUUUAAGGAUAGGAUGCUAAUUGUAGUGUGACCUUAAUGGAAAUAAAACAUGCCUGCAUGAUUUUAUUUACAAUGUCUACACAAUAUACCAUUGGAACUAUUAAAUUUAUAUCAUUCUAAAGCACUCCUUUAGAAUUUAUUAAGACUUGCUUUGUUUGUCAUUUGACCUUGAACCUUUUUUUUAUGAGGGUGAUGUUUUGUCCUAAUCAUUUUUAAGACCCUGUAUAAAAUGUGGAAAUUCCUAAAUGUACGUGGAACGCUCUAAAUGAAUUGCAUCAGCAUUGACCGACAACAACAAGGGGGGGGGGGGUGGCAAGCAUUUGCAGGACACCUUUUUUUGUUUUUAGAAACGAAGGUUAAAGCACCCACAGAUUGAUUCACGCGGAUGACUGGCGGGCCCUGUGAGGCUAUGAGCCGCAGAAAUACGCCGUGGCGCGAUAGACACACUUUCGUAUUUUAGUGAUCGUUGCCAAAAAGUUGCGGGCGCCUUCACUGGUUUGAGUUGAACACCGACGGUGCGUUGCCGAAGGGGUCAGCACAACACGCGGCACAACAUCAUUACUUGGGAUAGCGCAUUUGCAGUUUUGUGGUAACACUAGCACUGCAUUUGUAAGGAUAACAAAAAAAAAACAUUGGAACCUAUCUCGGUUUAGCUUUAAGAUGUUUUUUUUGUCCCUUGCAAGAUAUUAAUAUCGGUUUGACAGAUAAGUGUGAAUGAGUUGUCGCAGAAAUGAAAAUAAAUGCGUAGAAAAUUCGCAAGACACCAUUUAUCUGUGUAGUUCAUUGGUUCCAGUGAUUCAUCCAAUUGCUUUCACGUCAUGUAAAAACGAUAUAUAGAGUUAACAUCUUAAAAAACAAACAUUAAAUCUAUUUAAAGAACAUACACUAUACAGUAUGUACUGUAGACCAAAGGGCAGUUUCAAAGUUUUUAGAAUGAGAUAGUUCACUAAAAAAUAUUAACCAACCGAGCAUUAGGUUUGGUGUGAGGUUUUGUGUUUGUUUCUAAUACACAGCAAUAUGAUAGGCUCACAGAGGUUUGUUAUAACUGUAUUGAUUGAUUGAUACAAUUGUGUGUAUGUAUACUUUUCGUAUUUCAUUCUGAAAACUUGUUUUCACUGCCCCUUGCAUCUAUAACUAUAUCAAAUAGUAAAUUAAUAAUUAAUAGGGACAUUGUAGAGAUACUGGAAGAGCAAGCCUGUUUCUGCAUAAACAUUCAUUUUGAAUGGUUCUGAUUUUUUUGCGAUGACUAUACACAGGAAAACGCUCAUGCAUCUGCCACUGUUUUAAUAGUUUACUGUAAUAUUGCAAAAAUGUUUUAUUUUACUGCAUUUAAGAAACCUUUUCUCUGCUGUAUAAAAAAAAUAAAGUAAACAAAAACAUUCA